AUGGCUUUAGUAUCAUCGUUGAAGAGAAGCAUUAACUCGUCAUCAUUUGGUCAUUUCCGCACAUAUUUAAAUUCUUUGGAACCAUUUAUGAAUAGUGUUAUCGUGAUCCAACGAAGAGGAAUUGUUCGUGGCAAAACAAAUUUUAUCAUAAAUUUUGUCCCGCAGCAGGAAGCUUGGAUAAUUGAGCGCAUGGGAAAAUUUCAUUCUAUUUUAGAUCCUGGAUUCAAUAUUCUCCUGCCAUUUCUCGAUCGUAUUAAAUAUGUGCAGGUACUGAAAGAGUUGGCAAUUGAAGUACCACAACAGGGUGCCGUGACGAGUGAUAAUGUGCAAUUGCAGAUUGAUGGCGUUCUCUAUCUGCGAGUAAUUGAUCCCUACAAAGCUUCGUAUGGCGUUGAAGAUCCAGAAUAUGCGAUUACACAGCUUGCACAGACAACGAUGCGUUCGGAAGUAGGCAAAAUUAAUUUAGACACCGUAUUUAAGGAACGCGAGCAACUCAACAUUAAUAUUGUCGAGUCAAUAAAUAAAGCGGCUGAGCCAUGGGGAUUGCAGUGUAUGCGAUAUGAAAUUAGGGACAUGACAAUGCCCAUAAAAAUUCAGGAAGCAAUGCAGAUGCAAGUGGAAGCAGAAAGGCGGAAGCGGGCGGCAAUUCUGGAGUCAGAGGGUAAACGUGAGGCAGCAAUUAAUAUCGCAGAAGGUGAAAAACGUGCACGCAUUCUAGUUUCAGAAGCUUCGAUGCAGGAAAAAAUUAACGAAGCCAAGGGCAAGGCGGAAGCGAUUCAGAUAAAUGCGCAAGCUCAAGCUAUGGCUAUUAAGCUGGUUUCGGAACCGUUAAACAAAACGGGUGGCUAUGAUGCGGCAGCUUUAUCGGUGGCUGAGAAAUAUGUAACAGCUUUCGGACAAAUAGCCAAACAUACGAAUACAAUAAUCGUACCAUCUGAUUUGGCUAAUGCAAGCGGUAUGGUUGCCCAAGCACUAACUGUUUACAAUGAAUUAGCAAGGAGGAAAGAACCAUUCAUGCCUCUAUCGAAACAAAGAACUACUGAAACAAAUGAUGAUGGAGAACAUUCUUCUCAUAAACAGUAG